CCCCAGCCCUCAGGCCGCCGCGGGCUCUGGGGCCGCCGUCCCUCGCCGAAACGGCGCCCGGGCCCGGGAGCGGUGUCCCGGCGGCGGGAGCGGUGGCCCGGCGGCAGGCGCGGGGUCGCGUCGGGGCACCGGCGCCUCGACGCUUGGGGUGCGGGGGGUUGGAGCUCCCGCCUCGGCGGUGCCGAGCGAUCCCCCCCACCCCAGCGCCUGCCCGCGCUGAGGGACCCCCCCGCGCACCCCACGCCUCGGCGGGCGGCGGUUUGCCGUGGCAGCACCGCCCCGGCUGCGCUUCGGGGAGCGGGAAGCGGCUGAAGGUCCCGGGCCGAGCGGAACGGGACCGGCUCCGAGCUGUGCAGCUGUGGGCUGGUCUCUAGCAACUGGGGAAGGGAGGAAGGAAGGAAGCGUCCCGGCUCUUUCAGGAGCCGCAGCGCAGGCUGCCCCACGGGCGGGGGCUGAAGCCUGCCCAGAAGGUUGCUGUGGGUGAAGUUAGUGCUCUUAUUUUACCUCGCAGGGGAGAGAACAUGUCUGGGAUCAAGAGAGUGAUCGCAGAGAAGGACCCUGACUACGAGGAGAUCACCGUCACGCAUCCCAGCAAGCGUCACAAAGCAGCCGAGCAGUCAGCUCGAGAUGUUGCUGUGCAGAAGAUUGAGACAAUUAUAAAAGAACAGUUUGCUGUCGAAAUGAAGAGUAAAGAACAUGAAAUUGAAGUUAUAGAUCAGCGCCUGAUUGAAGCAAGAAGGAUGAUGGAUAAGCUGCGUGCCUGCAUUGUGGCUAACUAUUACGCCUCUGCUGGUCUCCUUAAAGCUGGAGAGGGGACCAGGUCAUGUGAUGCAACAAUUCUUAAUCACCCUUCAAUCAAGAAAUUCUUGGAAUCACCCUCUAGAUCAUCCUCUCCUGCUAACCAGGGCUCAGACACUCCAUCUGCCAACCACUCCGAGAGCGACUCGCUCUCUCAGCACAAUGACUUUCUCUUGGACAAAGACAAUGGCAACUUGGACGCAGACGAGCGGCUGACAAACAGCCUGGACCAGAGACAGAGCAGAAAUACUGGCCGGGACAGUUCGGGUGUUUCAAGCUCUCAAAAGCCAGGACAACGAAAUGCCGGACUGUCAAAUGAUGAAACUUCACGGCUUUAUGUGAAGAAAACGAUUGUUGUUGGCAACGUCUCCAAGUACAUUCCCCCCGACAAGAGAGAAGAAAACGAUCAGUCGACCCAUAAAUGGAUGGUGUAUGUCCGAGGCUCUCGGAGAGAACCCAGCAUAAAUCAUUUUGUCAAGAAAGUUUGGUUCUUCCUCCAUCCCAGUUACAAACCUAAUGACCUGGUGGAAGUGAGAGAACCUCCAUUUCACCUGACCAGGAGAGGCUGGGGAGAAUUUCCUGUGAGAGUCCAGAUACACUUCAAGGAUAGCCAGAACAAGAGGAUCGAUAUCAUACACAAUUUGAAGUUGGACAGAACCUACACAGGCCUACAGACACUUGGUGCAGAAACGGUAGUGGAUGUGGAACUACAUAGGCAUUCCCUUGGUGAGGAGUAUCUCUUCCCCCAGUCUUCAGAGUCUGACCUUUCUGACGUUCCUACAUCUUUACCGCUGCCAUUGAGUAUCCCAGCACCAGUCAAAGCUUCUUCACCAAUUAAGCAGUUGCGGGACUCCAGCCCAGAUGCUUCUGUGGACAAAGGAUUCCCUGGGAAUGCUGAAACCGAAAGACAUGCCACGUUUUAUUCCCUGCCAUCUUCGAUAGAACGGACUCCCACCAAGUUAGCCACACAGAAAGUUGCCUUUGGCUCUCACGGAAAUUCAGCCUUUCAACCCAUUGCAGCUAGCUGUAAAAUAGUGCCUCAAGGUCAGAGUCCAAGCCCUGCAGAGUCACCAGGAAAAUCCUUCCAGCCUAUCACCAUGAGUUGCAAGAUUGUAUCAGGUUCUCCAAUAUCAACCCCUAGUCCAUCUCCGCUACCUCGUACCCCAACCUCCACUCCGGUGCACAUGAAGCAAGGCUCUGCUAGCUCAGUCAUUAAUAAUCCGUAUAUUAUUGUGGACAAGCCUGGACAGAUGGUUGGAGCAGCAGCCACAAGCACAGGGAGCCCAACCAGCAAACUGACCAGUGUUUGUCAGGCCUCUCAUGGAACUGCAUCUCCUGUAUCAAAGACCCAAGGGAGUAGUUUUGUCACCUCAGCUGUCAAGCAGGAGGAUUCUCUGUUUGCCACCAUGCCACCCCUUUGUCCCAUUGGGAGUCACUCCAAGGUGCAAAGCCCCAAAUCAGUCACUGGAGGACUUGGAGCUUUUACAAAGGUGAUAAUAAAGCAGGAGCCAGGAGAGCUUCCCCAGCAACCUCAGCUACCAGCGACAGGGACAGGGACAACCACCCAGACCUCUGUGCAGCAGUAUGUCACUGUAAAAGGGAGCCACAUGCUAGCCUUGUCACCACAGAAGCCGGUCGUGAGCACAGGCGAGGGGACGGUGCAGCCGAAGGUUGUUGGCGUUCCAGUUGGUUCUGCUUUGCAGUCGACAGUGAAACAAGCGGUGGCUAUAAGUGGUGGCCAGAUACUUGUGGCAAAAUCUAGUUCUUCAGUAGCAAAGGCUGUUGGUCCAAAGCAGGUUGUGACUCAAGGUGUAGCCAAAGCCAUCGUGAGUGGAGGCGGAGGGACAAUUGUUGCUCAGCCUGUGCAGACCAUUACAAAGGCCCAAGUUUCUUCCACAGGUGCUCAGAAAAGUACAUCUCAAGGCUCAGUGAUGGCUACACUGCAGUUACCAGCCACCAACUUGGCAAACCUGGCAAACUUACCACCAGGCACUAAACUGUAUCUCACCACCAACAGCAAGAAUCCUUCUGGGAAAGGGAAACUGCUUCUGAUACCCCAAGGAGCCAUACUGCGAGCCACAAAUAAUGCCAGUCUCCAAUCUGGUUCUUCUACGAAUAGUGGAGGUGGAGGUGGAGGAACCCAAAGCACAAGCAGUAACUUGUCACAGCACCUCACCUAUACAUCCUACAUCCUGAAGCAGACACCCCAGGGUACCUUUCUGGUCGGCCAGCCUUCUCCUCAGAGUUCUGGAAAGCAGCUGACUCCAGCUUCAGUUGUUCAGGGCAGUGUAGGAGUUGGAGCAUCUUCCACACAAGGACAAGCACUAAAAGUGAUAACUGGACAGAAAACAGCUCUAUUUACACAGACUGCACCCAGUGGACAGACGUCGCUUGUGAAAAUAUCAGAUGGGUCUAUAAAAUCAGUGCCUGCCUCAUCCCAGCUCUCCAAACCUGGCACCACUGUGCUGAGAGUAUCCGGAGGUGUUAUCACCACGGCUGCUGCUCCUGCCAUGGCCCUUCCCACAAACGGGGUGGCCCAGCAAGUAGAUAAUUCAGGUUCCAGCUCAUCAUCUUCUGGAACUCCUGCAGCAAAGACAUCUGGACAGCAACACCAAAUCUGUAUAAGCCAGAGCCAGUCUACUUCAUCAGUAGUGAAUAAGACUGCUACUUCCACUGUUGUAAGUGUUGCUUCUCUGAUGACUACACCAACGCCUGUGACUGGAAAAGCUGCAGUAUCAGUGAUACAAUCACUUUCUACCAGCAAAGUUUCAACUGUUUCAGCUGUCACGGCAGCAAGUACAGUUGUCCCUAGUCCCUCUCCGGCAUCCAUCACUAAAGUUAAGAUGGAGCCUGAUUCAACAGGACAAAACUGCAGUUCUGUGGUGGGUACACAAGAAGGCCAAGCAGCAGUAAAAACAGAGGAGAGCUCUGAACUUGGGAAUUACGUUAUCAACGUAGAAUAUUUGGAGAACAUCCAACAGCUUCUAACAGCAAUAGUGAAGAAGGUUCCAUUAAUUGCUGAAAAAAAUGAAGAUGCAAGCUCUUUUUGUGCCAGUUCAGUGGAACAGUAUUACAGCUGGAAUAUUGGGAAGAGGAGGGCAGCUGAGUGGCAACGAGCAAUGACAGUGAGAAAAGUCCUACAAGAAAUCAUAGAGAAGCAUCCCAGGUUUCACAAUAUUACACCCCUGAAAACAAAGCAUGUGGUGCACUGGUGUCGAUGCCACGGCUACACUCCGCCUGACCCCGAGACCUUGCGGAAUGAUGAGGACUCAAUUGAAGACGUGCUAACGCAGAUAGACAGUGAGCCAGAAUGCCCUUCAUCUUACAGCAGUGGUGAGGAGCUGUGCCGAAAACUAGAGGAACUGCAGCAAUUUCUGAAACGAGAACCAGAACACGAAGAGGAAGUAGAUGUUCUCAACUUUAGUGAGCCAUUAAAAAUCAACAUUAAGAAAGAACAGGAGGAGAAACAAGAGGAGAUGAAGUUCUACUUGGCUUCCUUGCCUGCAUCGGAGUUUGUGAGGGACACUGCAGAGAAGAUAGGGAUUUCUUUUCAGCCUGCUGAGGUGCAAAAGAAUGUUUAUGCAUCAGUAAUAGAAGAUAUGAUUUUAAAGGCCACUGAACAGCUGAUGAGUGACAUCCUGCGGCAAGCGCUUGCUGUAGCAUAUCAGACAGCUCCUCACAACAGGACUCCAAGAGAGAUCACAGUGAUGAAUAUUCACAAAGCCAUCUGUAAUAUUCCCUUUCUGGACUUCCUCACAAACAAACAUAUGAAGAUACUAAAUGAGGAACAAUGAAAUAGAACAGAGAAGAUGCUACAGGAAAGGUGGAUUUAUGACUGAGGUUGGGUUGACAAAUCCAGUAUUUCUAUAGGACACUAUUACAUACAUUUAUAACAUUGGGCUACUAGAUUGUUACCUCCAAUUAAAGAUGCACCUUAAUGCAACAAAAUGAUGCUCUGUUCCAAAUCGAGUUGUUAAAUGUCAGUGUUUACUUGGUAAGUGUAUGUUCAGUGGCUGAACAAACAUUGUCAGUUUGCAUCAAGUUGCUAGCUGUGAGAGACUCCACAGGCCUGGUCCCUCUGAGACGGCUAUAUUGGUGCAAUUGAACAUUUUUUUUAAGAAAGGAAUUUGUUUUUUGAUGCAGUCUACAUACGAGUUGGUGUCCCCAUGCAGUGGGCAGAACAGUUGCUUUGACACUCUGAAUAUGAGAAAAUUGAAAGGCAGCUUUUAAAGGUGGGCUGUUUGAGUAGGUGGGUGGGUUGGUUGAUUAGGUUUGGGUGUGGGGGAGCAGAAAGCUGAUGGCUGCAAUAAAUUCUGCCAGUCCUGCUUGAGCAUGAUGUAUGUGACUGAGAACACAGCUGGGUACGCUGACCAUUAGUUUAUGCAGCUAAGUGUCACCUAACCAAAUUCCUUGCCUCUCUAAAGGAUGUGUCGCCAUCUUUCUCGAUCACCUCAGAAAGGGUAGACUGGCACAUGCUCAAUCAAGAUGAACAAACCAUGGUCAGGCUUGGUAAGAUUGGACUGACCACUUGUCCGGCGUGGGAAAGGAGAGGAGCAAGGACAGUAUUUGGUGUUUGUGGGCUUAGACUGGCAGAAACCCUUUGCUUGCCCAGUGAGUGCCUCCCCAGGCUGCCAGAAGGUUUGGAGCGUGCUGGAGGGCAGGUGACCAGCUGUGUUGUACAAGUCUUAAUGUUCUUAUAGCAUUCACUAAUGAUCAGCUUGGAUUGUGAAGUGCUGUGGGAGCAGCACCACUUUGGCUUAAGUUCUGCUCAACACAGGCCUGAUAAGAACAAAAAAUCAGAGGUUUGCUGCUUGUGGGGAGCUCCUCUGAUGUCUUGUCUGCAGGAAGAAGUUCUGCUACUAACCCCAGCACUUACCUGUCUCAGGAACAUCACUGGUGUAGGAGACAUGUCUGCAGCCUGGCUAUCAACACCUUCUUCAGUAAGGCUUUGCUGACAACAUCCUGACCACCCCACAUCCACCACCCCUUUGUCCUGCCCCAUGGGUGCUUGCUAGUAGUGUGAGUAAGCCAUUGUAAACUUGGUGGGACUCCUGUUGGACUGUCAUGCUUUCAGGGUGCUUGUUUUGUGAGGCAGUGCUGUCGUGUGGGUGGAGCAUGGGUCAAACAGCCAGAACCUCCAAUGUGCUGAUCUCAGCUGGGUCUCUGAUCUACUGCAUGGCCUUUGAUUUAAUCACUCUGUGCCUCAGUUUCCCCAUCUCUGAGCAUGGGGAGCAGGAUACCUACCUCACAGGGGUGUACUGAGGCCUCGCUCUUGUUGGUGCCGUGCUUUGACAAUACAAAGCCUUUUAUAAACAUUAAACUACAGUUAUCUUUCCUGGCCUGGGGUAGGAACAGAAAUCUUCAAAACGUUAUCUUAUGGUGCUUUUUUUGGGGCUAGAAGACAGGUGAUGGUAACUCCAGUAGAGUGCAGGAACUGUGGAAGAUGGUUUGGUUAGAGGGUGGUUUCAGGCUUCCAAGGAGAGUAGCAUAGGUUUGAUGCAGUUCUUAACUGAAGGAGGUACUGCGUAUCUCAGAAGAGAUGCUGCCUGUCUUCUCCACCUUGAAUAAAAUUGGGUCUGCAGGAAAGCCCCUCUCAGUUCAUCAGAGCUAGCAGGGAGUUACAGUUCACUUGAAUAUAAGAGUGGCAGAACCUGACCCUUGAGUCUAGGAAAUGGGACCAGUGGAUGAAAUCCAAACAGCAUUCAGAGGACUUAAAUGCCCCUUAGAAAGGGCAUUUCGGAUGCUCUGGAUUCAAAAGAUAAUCCUGGCUUGUUCGGGUGAGCUGAGUGCAGGAUUGCCUGCACUCAUAAAGUGCACAGCUUAGCCCUCACAGUUUUUCAGCUGAGGUCAGUGUGAAGGGGUUGAGCAGUGGUGAUUCUGUUUGAGCCCAAUUUUGAGAGUCAGGAGGAAUCCAAAUAGCUGGGGAGCUGCAGGCCCCACACUUUGUUUGUAGGCUGUAGUGAACUUGAAGUCCAUACUGCUUUCAGGCGCCCCUGUACACAGCUUUUACAAAAGAGAAGGGCAUUUUCAAGAUACCUGUCACUAUCACUAUGACAGCCUGCAGGUUGUGUGGGAACAGCCUUUUGGGCAAACUCAGUUGUGCUAUGAUCUUCUGCAAUGACACAUGCAUUUCCAGCCCCCGUCUCUUGUGGGCUUAGUUUCUGAGAUUUUGAUACACCCAGAGCAGCUCUUGAGGAUGCAAGAGCUCAUCUUUGGGCAUCUGUUUGCAAAUUGUGGCUUCCUUGCCUGUGUACUGCUUUUCUGUGAGGAAUGGAGUUUCAGAAUGAGUCCUGAACCUGGCCCUGAAGCAGGCAGGCAAAUGCCCCUUGUUCUUAAUGGGGUUCUUGCAGAGGAGGUGUAUUGCUACAUUUCUGAGCAACCACAGGUUAUUCUCCUAGGAGAUGCUAUAUUAAUAAUAUAUAAAGUUUGCUGGAGAAAAAUAAACUGUUAAAAGCAGAUAAAAAAUAACACAUUUGUUUAGUCCUUCAGAUAUAGGAAACGUUUGCAACAAGUUCCUUGAAUUUUGAGAAGUGGUGGGAGAAAAAUUUGUCCGUGAGAAGUUCCUGUGGGAAUUGCUUGGAGAUGAGGUAGAGGUGGUGAAAUUUCAUACACCCAGUGAGGUGUGUGUGGAAUGCUACAGAUGAUACAGUGUGUUGAAAUGUUACGGUAUAUUUCUCUGGCUUUCUAAAGAGUCUUGAUACAAGUUAAAGAUCUCUUUACAAAUAUUGCCCCUAUUUGUAAUGCUGAGUGUUUAAAUCCUUCAUGUUAUCUGUAUUAUACUGUAUAAUUGUGUAAGAUACGUAUGUUUACAAUAAAUUCUUUUAUUAGCUGUGCUAGAA